GCCAAUGGGCGAGGCUCGCGUUAAUCCCAGCCCGGCGAAACCCGUCCGUCUUCCAUGUCCUGAAGGGCUCGACUCUCUCGCGUUCACCGGGGACGGAGCGCUUUUGCAAAGCCGGGAGAGAUGAUCGACGGCCUCAACUUGCCCCGCGCGACUUCUGGUUUGGUGACGUCGAAGUAGAAGAAAGACGACGACGACAAACUUCCCGACGGCGCAGCGUUUGACAAUCGGGAGAGACAACCCCGCGUUAUCCCAAGUUCACCCGAGGUCCAAGUCCAGCUCCCGGGAAUUCCCCCCCUACUCCCCCUUUUUCCCCCCCUUCUUUUUCCCCCAAGAGUAUUUUGGACGUCUCGUCGCGGCGUUCGUCAUGGCCUCCGGUGAGGAGUCGGAGCAGAGUCGGCGGUUCUGCGUCUUGUCUUGGGAUCAGGUGCAGCGUCUGGACUCCAUCCUCGGGGAGAGCGUCCCUAUUCACGGACGUGGAAACUUCCCGACGCUCUCCGUUCAGCCGCGCCAGAUCGUCCAGGUGGUCAGGGCACGGCUGGAGGAGCGGGGCGUGGUGGUGCGAGACGUGAAGCUGAACGGCUCGGCGGCCAGCCAUGUGCUCCACCAGGACAACGGCCUGGGCUAUAAAGACCUGGACCUGAUCUUCGGCCUGCGCCUGUCUGACGACAAAACCUUUCGGCUGGUGAAGGACGUGGUGCUGGACUGCUUAGUGGACUUUCUGCCGGAGGGCGUGUGCAGGGAGCGCAUCACAGCCUUGGCCCUAAAAGAGGCUUACGUCCAGAAACUCGUGAAGGUGUGCAACGACACGGACCGCUGGAGCCUGAUCUCGCUGUCCAACAACACCGGCAAGAACGUGGAGCUGAAGUUUGUGGACACCCUGCGGCGGCAGUUUGAGUUCAGCGUUGACUCCUUCCAGAUCACUCUAGACUCCCUGUUGCUCUUUGACCGCUGCUCGGAGACGGCCAUGUCAGAGACCUUCCACCCGACGGUGCAGGGCGAGAGCAUGUACGGGGACUUUGGGGAGGCCCUGAGCCACCUUUGCACCAAGACUAUUGCGACCCGCAGCCCAGAGGAGAUCCGCGGAGGCGGGCUGCUCAAGUACUGCCACCUGCUGGUGCGGGGAUUCCAGCCAGCCUCGGAGGCUCAGAUGAAGCAGAUGCAGCGCUACAUGUGCUCGCGCUUCUUCAUCGACUUCCCUGACAUAAGCGAGCAGCAGAGGAAACUGGAGGCUUACCUGCAGAACCACUUCGCCGGCAUGGAGCACAAGCGCUACGAGUGCCUGGUGACGCUGAGGCGAGUGGUGGACGAGAGCACCGUGUGUCUGAUGGGUCACGAGCGCAGACAGACGCUGGCGCUCAUUUCCGCUCUGGCGCUGCGGGUGAUGGCGGAGCAGAACGCCAUCCCCGCCCUGUCCAACAUCACCUGCUACUAUCAGCCCGCGCCGUACGUCAGAGACGUCAACUUCAGUAAUUAUUACGUGGCACAAGUUCAGUCGCCCGUGGCGGCAUGCUGCAACUCUUAUCGAACAUGGCUGCCCUGCAGCUGAGAAAUGAGGUUUUUUUUGGGAAAGUGGCAUGUCUGUAAAGUUUGUUUUUCUUUCUUUUCUUUAGUUUUCACCUUACGUUGAUGUGAGCUAAGCAGCUCAGUAGAGUGCUUAGUACUUCUGUAGCAAUGUUGCUUGCUUGGUUGGAGGCCUGCUGUGGAUGGAAAGCGUUUUGAAAUAUUGUAUCUUUUUUUGCCAAAUCUUCCAUUGAAAUUGUUCCACUAAAUUAUGUUGAUAAAUACUGCUGUAGAUCUCAUUCGAGCCGUUAUUAGAUACUUUUUUUUCCCUGUUGUCGUUUCAUAACCAGCGUGCUGAUGUAUGGGAAAAUAUGAAGGGUUGAUAUAUGAUAGAGGACCUAUUUAAGCGCCGCUUUUAUUUUGUUUUUGUUUUUUUUGUGUGCCAGCUUGUAAGGGUCCGUGUGAUAAUGUAAAUAAGCGAUAAGAAAGCAGAAAAGUGUAUUCUGUUCUAUCUGUGGUUUCAACUCAACGUCUCGUUUGGAGACGAAAGGACCAAAGAAUUAACUUCUUGUAUAGUAUGACUGUAUGUGGUUCCAAGUGCCUGAAACCCAACCAGCAUCUUUUUACUAGUCGCUAUGUAAAAGCUGUUUUGGAAUCUUUUUCAUUCAGGUUACUGUAAAUUCUAUAUCCAGGGUCAGGGUAUUUUGUUUUUAAAACUCAUUAAAAGAUGUCAAAAACCAAAA